CGUUGAAACUGAGACAUACAACAGCGAACUGCAUCGACUCUUGUGUACCCGCAACUGCAAUUCUCCUCAUUUCACGUUCUCAAAAUGCGUCUUUUGGUUCAAAUGCUCCUUCUUGUCGUUAUUUGUGCGGCUUACUAUCCCGGAGCCUUUUCAGCUCCGAGUAGUGCUGAAUACGAUGAUGAAUCUUUCCGAGAACUGGUGAAAUCCAUGAGGAAUGAGGCAGGCGAGCUGGACGAAGGCUUUUUCUCUUUCUUAUCUAAUCUCUGGAAGAAAAUUAGGAAUUUUGUUAAGAAGAUAGGAUGUGUUGUUGCAAAAGCUGGUAAGAAACUUUGCGAUUCCGGUUUUCUUGGACGUGACGCAGAAUACGCCGACGAAGUUCUAAGAACGCUGAUUAAUAUGGACCGAAAUGUGCCAUUGAAUAUGACGGCUUUGGGCUUUGACGAAAACGAAGAAGUUGAUCAAAUUACUAUCAGUGAAGCUGCGGCAGCGGUGAAGAAAUAUGGUUGCCCAGCCUUUGAAAAAGUGAACGCAGUUUGCUAAUGAUGCCAAUCACAGUUCUUCGUUACAAUUUUUUAGCAUGUGGUCACACACUUCAACGAGCCCAACCUAGUCAUUUUUAGUUUUUUGGUUAAUCUUUUGCAUUGGGAUAAAAUCUGUAGUUUUUUUACUUGCAAUUUUCAAGAAUUAAUACACAC